AUGGGCGCCAAAGUGCCCCGCAACUUCAGAUUGCUCGAAGAGCUGGAGAAAGGCGAGAAAGGCUUGGGUGCUGAGGCUUGUUCCUAUGGCCUAGAUGACGGUGACGACCUGCUUAUGACAAACUGGAAUGGCACAAUUCUUGGUCCUCCUCACAGCGCACACGAGAACCGUAUCUACAGUUUGCGAAUACACUGUGGUGACAAUUACCCAGACGUUCCUCCUGAAGUUACCUUUAUAACUAAAAUCAAUCUCCCAUGUGUCGACAGCAAGACCGGCAAGGUUGACCCAACAAAACUUCCGUGUCUAGUCCAGUGGAAGAGAGAUUUCACAAUGGAGACUAUAUUGAUCGAGUUGCGAAGAUAUAUGGCACUGCCCCAGCACAAGAAGCUCCCACAGCCACCAGAAGGAACCACCUUCUGA